AAGCAAGUGCUGUAAUCAGAACUGAUCAUCUCCAGCGAGAGAAGAUGUUGUUGGACAUGAAUGCAAUCAGAAGUUUCUCCAGUUUCGAUUUCGGUAUGGUAUCAAGGAAGGGAGCUGGUCAAAAGGGUUCAUCAGCAUCGUCAGGAUUUCAGAUGCCACUCCACUAUCCGAGGUUCAAGAAGAACGACUACGCAACGAUGCCCGGGUGGAGGCUGGACUGCUUGUUGAAGGAAUACGGCCUGCCUGUUGUUGGAGGUGUUGAUGAGAAGAGGAAGUUUGCCAUGGGAGCUUUUCUUUGGCCUUCAGAGCAGUGAAAAUUACCAGAGAUAUAGAAGUAAAUUACCUGUGGCAUUUGGUCAUAAUGAUCAUACAUGAACAUGAUAAACUCUGUUAAAACAGUUCCAUAAGUAGUAAUCAUAUCACUUUGAUUCAUUUCCCCCCCAUCAUUAUAAAAUCCAAUAUCGAUAUAUAUGUGAUCUGUAAUCCACCUACCUUUGCAAAAUCCAGUUUCCACCUGUGCAAUGCAACCUUCCAGGCAGGAACAGCUAAUCCUGCUCCAAAAUCUGCAGAAUAUGACUCAUAUUAAUGAGUGAAUUAUUCAAGUACUCAUCACCAAAGAGCUACUCACUCCAUUUAUCUUAUUACUAUUCCAAAAUUCAAAGUAGAACCCUACUUAUUUGCCAUACCAUAUCCAAAUUAUUAGAACCUUGCUAAUUUUUUUGUAACCUUUCUGACUCAUUUCUCUCGUAAAUCUCUACCGAAACAAAACCUCUUUGAAUAUUAAUGUUACGUGGUAAAAAAGAACAAAUUUUGUAGAAUAAUUAGGAAAUAUGGAAUAUUAUAUAAUAUAUUUUUUUACUAUUGAUUCAAUAUUGUACCCUUGCCUAGUCAAUUAUUAUAUAUAGUAAUUAACAAUACCCAUAAGUUGACAUUGCUAAGUUAUCAGUCACCUUCUUAGUUCUUUCUCUAAACCGUUUCAACAAGAACAAAAUCAAACACAAAUUUGAACCAUCUUGGGAAUGUUUUGUUGGCAUUGGCAGUCCAAAUUUUCAUUCUUACGUUAUAUAGGUGUCAUAAUAUAAUCUUCUUCUUAUUAGCUAACCUGCCAAAAAUUUAUCACUUUCUCUGUACAUCAAAAUCUCGUCAUUUAAUAAACGGUACACUCUCUUUUUUUCAUCCAGAUCUAUUUUAAAACGACUCGAACCAUCCACAAUUUCAAGAACAAAGAGCAAGACAAAGUAUAUAUUAACAAACUUUAAUCCCCAUUAUCAAAAUCCCUUCUUUCGUGACUUCUAGUAUCCUUGAAUCAUUCAAACCCAUCCAAAACAAUUUUCAGUUUGGAGAUGAAUAACCCAUCAUGAACAAGCUUUCUUUGGUUCCCAAAUUCAAUCCUCUUCUCCUUAACCUACACAUUAACAUCACUUCCUUAUUCAGUCAAACCUCGUAUCCCAUGUAAUGUCCAUUCACGAAGAACAUCUCAUAUUCCUCAGGUUGUCUAGCUUCUUAAAGAAUUCGAGGAAAGUAGGGAUGGCAAUUUGAACCCGUCCUGUUGGGUAAUACACGACCUGACCCGCGAUGGGGCGGCAGGGUCGUCCCAUGAUAUUUGGAGACCCUGUUCGAAAAUUUAAAAUGUGGCCCUAAUUUUUUCCCCAUAAAUUUAUCAAAAUUAAAAAUUAGUAAAUAAUUGUAAAAAAAUACUUAAGUUCAGAAAAAGAUUACAUCAGGAAUAAACGAUCUCGUUUCCAGUUUGACCAAGAAACCAAAACUGAAUUCCCAGCCCUAGUAGGGAGGAAAGUAAAGCUGGAAGGAAGAGAAAAUGGAUAUAGCGCAAAAAUUGAAUGGAGAAAUGAAAAUAGUCUAAAUUGAUCGAGAGUUGGGUGCAGGGUUGUCUAUUAGAUCGUGGAGGCCCUAUUUCAAAAUCUAGACGUGGUCCAAAUCGACCUUUAACUAUAAUAAAACUAAAAUGAUUAU